GGGACGUUGAGGACUGCCAUGAAUUUGAUCUUUGAGAAAAUAUUUGACAAAAUCAAAGAUGGAAGAAAAGGUUUCAGUGGGCUGCAGAGCCCAGACACGGAAAGAGGACAAACGCUGUCUUCAAGAGCUGAGGAUCGUCCUCCUGGGACACGACUGGUUGGAAAAGACUCUGACAGGAAACACCCUCCUAGGCCAGAAGAUGUUUGACAUCAGCAGAGACGUGAAGAUGUGUGUUAGGAGACAGGGUGUUCUUUAUGACGGCCGUGAAGUUAUUGUCAUCAACAGCCCUGAAAGGUGGAUUCACUAUUCUGUCCGGGACCCCGGCCUGGUGAACGACAACAUGGCAGCCUGCAUGGCCAUGUGCCAACCAGGCCCUCACGCCUUCCUCAUGGUCAUACCCAUCAGCUCUCACCGAGGCAGGGAGUGGACAGUCGAGGGGCCUCUUGAGCUGCUUAAUGACACAGUGUGGAGAAAUACAAUAGUAAUAUUCACCAGAUGUGAGAGACUGAGAGGGUCUUCCAUAGAGAGCUACGCUAGAAAACACAGGUUUCUCAGAGCAGUUCUGGAGAGGUGUGGACAUAGAUACCACCUUCUAGACACGAGCAUCUGGGGAGAAGAUGAUGAUGCUCAGGUUGCAGAACUUUUGGAGAAGAUUGAUGCAAUGCUUCAAGGAAACAUGAAGGCAGGAGAUGUUGGUUAUGUUGCUACAAAUGAGGAAGUCUCUAGAAUAACUGGGAGAGAAAAGAAAGAGGUAGAAGAGAGGGCGAUUCUGAGGCGAAUGAAUGUGCAGACGACCAGAAGUACACUCAGAUCUCUUAUGGGAGAGGCUGCUCCGACCUCAAUGCUUCGACUUCUCCUCUUGGGACCACAGCAGGUUGGGAAGAGCUCAGCAGGAAACACCAUUCUUGGAGAGGAAGUAUUUCCUGUUGGACAUUCAACAUCACAGUGCACUGAGAGACGAGGUGAUGUUCAUAAAAGGCAAGUCACUGUGGUUGAGGCUCCUGGCUGGUAUGGGAGAUACUGCUCACAGGACACUCCACAGGAGGUACGACACCAGAUUACCCACAGUGCAUCUCUGUGUGCCCCUGUUCCCCAUGCUGUCCUGUUGGUUGUACGCAGUGAUGAGACUUUCACUGAAACGGACCGGUUGAAAGCAGAGGAACAUCUCAGCUUACUCGGGGUGUGGGGGUGGACUCGAAUCAUCGUGUUGUUCACCUGGGGAGACAAACUGGGAGUCACUCCUAUUGAGGAGCACAUUGAGAGAUGGCCUUCUCUUCAGUGGUUGGUGGACAAAUGUGGGAAUAGAUAUCAUGUUUUUGAUAACUCAAACAAAGGAGACAUUCAGGUGAGAGAACUGCUGGCAAAGAUUGAGGAAACAGAGGUGGAGAAUGAUACUGGACACUUGUUGCGAAGUUUUAUUAAACUCCAAGAAAGCAACAGGAAGCUUGAUCAAAUUUCCCAAAAGAAAGCAAACCAGCUCAAGAAGGCAAGAAAGGAAAAUGAUCUGCUGAGGCAAGCAGCAGAGGAGAAGGAGCGGGUAGCAGAGGACAUGAUUAAAACAACUGAAGAGAAAGAUGAGCAGAUUGAAGCUCUGAAGGCUGGGAAGGAGUCGGAAGAUAGGAAAAAUAAAGAUUAUGAAGAAGAGAUUAGCAGGAGAUUAGUGGAGGCUGAGCGGGAGAACAACCAGCUCAAAGAAGUCAUUAUGGGGAAAGACAGAAUGAUAACAAGUCUGAGUGAAAGAUGUGCUGUGAAAGAUGAUGUGAUAAAAGCUACAAAGCAAAGCAAUGAGGUGGAAAAGGAAGUGCUAGAGGAAAGAGUGAAGAAACAAGAGCAAGAGAGUGCAGCCUGGAAGGAAAAGUAUGAAGAGAAAGAUAAAGAGCUGGAUCAAAUGAUAAUUAAUCACAGAGGAGAAGCAAAAGAGCUUAAAGAGACAGUUGAACAGCUGAAGAGAGAAAAUGAAGAUACUAAGCAGGUGUUGAAGGCCGCAAUUGAAGGGAUGCAGAAAAAAGAAACAAUGACGGACCUCAAGUCAUUGGAGGAGCUUGGCCAACAACAAAAAUGGGCAUUCACUGUGCCACUGAGCCACCAUGGAGACACGGUUAAACCCAUUACAGAGACAGAACAAAAAAGACUGGUAGUGUCGGGCGAUGACAUCAUGCUGCAUGAGAAGAGAGAGACUGCUAACCAAGUGUGGCAACAUGAGGCUGAAUGGUUGUCGUCGUGGCUGAGGGCUGGAGGUGCUGCACUUGGAGCUGCUGUUGGGGCCCUUGCUGGCUCCUCCAGGGCGGUGCCAGGAGGUAGCUCCAGGUCAGCUGUUGGGGCUGCAGCUGGGGUUCUGCUGGGCAGCUUACUGCUCCAAGGAUCCAGGCCCCAGCAGGGGAAAAUACAGUCUGACACCAACUGCAAUGUGUUUGUGGUGGAAUCAUCGUUUGCAGUGUGGAUAAAGCGCACGUUCGGUGUGACCUCUUUGGCCCUCCUGUCGAGGCCCCCAGUCACAGCCUACUCUCCUCCCUCCCCCUAG